AUGUCCACCAGUCCAAGUGAGUUCCAGCGCGUCAAGAGCCUCUGGCAGACGCGCGUGGGGCGCGAAGCCCCUCGUCCUCCUGCCCCAGAGGCCUCGAGAGUGCUCGACCACAACGUCAAGCCGUCGGCCCCUCUGACGCCUGUGCCGACUGCCGACAGCCCCACCUGCAGGAUGGACACUAACGGCCGAGCAGACCCGACGACGCUCGACGAGGCGACGUCCGUGUCGCCUCAGUCCACGUCGUCGACGUUCUCGUCGUCGUCGUCUUCUUCUUCAUCGACAGAGUCGCCGCCGUUGUCCCCCGUCAAGUCGUCGGCUAAGUCCGUCGCGUCCAUGUUCCGGACGUUUUCCGACGCCUGUGUCUUCUCGAGCAUCAAAAGCAGACGAUUGACUACUGCCACAGCUGCUGGUGCACCGGCAUCGGCCCCUCUGUCGUCUGCUGCGCCGUCGACGUUUCGCUCGUUUGCACCGCCACUGCCGAUCACGUGGAGAGGCUCUCGCUCCGUCUCGGACUGUGCAGUGCCGUCAACGCGGUCGACGUUCCCGUUCGUGUCGGUGACUGCUGCUGCCGCGCCGUCGCUCCUCCCGCGAGAAGCUGCCGAGAACGCCAUCAACAACGUGCACAGCGUCAGCUCCCGGGGCCGACCAGCAGCAGCCGCUGGUGCCAGUGCCAGUGCCAUUUUCCGCGGCAGUCCCUACGGCGAAGUCGUUCUGGUCGACAUUCUGGACGCGCGUGGCCUUCAAGUCGACCUGCCGUUCGUCUUGACGAUGCAGCUCAGUCAACUGAGCCGCACGACACAAUCGAAGAGCGGUCGGGACCACUGCAGCAGUGUCCAUGAGCGCUUUGUCUUUUGGCUGCCGUCGUCGCCAGCGAACGACCAGCGCACGUUGGACGUCUUUGUGCACAGCGGCGACGGCCGCGACCUCGGGGAAGUGCACUUGAGCCUCGCAAUGCCUCUGAACGAGACGUUCACCGACUCGUACCCGCUCGUGAGCCGAUGUGAUGGCCUGAAACACGGCUCGGUGCAAGUGGCCAUGCGCCGACUCGUGCUGACGUCGUCGCCGAUGCUCGAGACGGCUCAGAAAUUGAGUGCUCGAGACGGCUGUCUGAGCUUUAGCGAGCGCAAUAACUGCGGCGAGUCGGUGCCAGAGCUCUGGCUGUGCUUCCCCGGGACCGGACCUGAAGGUUUGUCGACUGGUUCGCCCAAGAACGACGACAUUAGCAGCAAAUUCGGUCGACUCAUUGGCUUCCAAGAUGCUGCCCAGCGAGACGUCUUUUAG